AUUUGACUUCCUUAUUCUCCUCUGAACAAAUCUUAUUGUGCAAGACUACCAGCUUAUGGUGGACCAUGGAGUAGGAGAAUGUUGAACCUCCCCAUAUAUAUUUGUUUGUGUUUAUUUGGUGUUAUAACUUUGGCGUGGAAGGUUGUGAUAAGGUGUACGCCAAACAUGAAGGGAACCAUGAGGUACUUAGCUGGGAUUGCAGGUCAAAGCGGAUAUGGAUCAAAGUCAACUGCUGAUCAAGUUACUCAAGAUUGUUCUUCCCUUCCUCCUCAUCUCACUGCUAUUGUCACUGGCGCUACAUCUGGAAUCGGAGCAGAGACAGCGAGAGUAUUAGCAAAGAGAGGGGUGAAGAUUGUGAUGCCGGCGAGAGAUUUAAGGAAGGCGGCGAGAGUGAAAGAAAAUAUACAAAAGGAGCACCCGAAAGCUGACAUCAUAGUCUUGGAGAUUGAUCUCAGUUCAUUUGCUUCCAUUAAAAAAUUUUGUUCUGAAUUUUUGUCACUAGAAAUACCUCUUAAUAUUCUCAUAAAUAACGCAGGCAAAUUUUCUCAGAAGUUGGAGUUCUCAGAGGACAAAUUUGAGAUGACAUUUGCUACAAAUUACUUGGGUCAUUUUCUACUUACGGAGCUAUUGUUAGAGAAGAUGAUAGAUACAGCAAAACAAACAGGAGUCGAAGGAAGAAUAGUGAAUGUUUCUUCUGUGAUUCAUAGUUGGGUGAAAAAGGACCAUUUCGAUUUCAACCGAAUGCUCCAACCAAAGCAUUAUAAUGCAACUCGAGCUUAUGCUCAAUCGAAGUUGGCCAACAUAAUGCAUGCUAAUGAGCUCGCAACACAAAUGAAGGCGAUAGACGCAAACAUAACUAUCAAUUCUGUGCAUCCAGGGAUCGUGAAGACUGGAAUCAUCAGGGAUCAUAAAGGCAUUAUCACGGAUUCUAUGUUCUUUGUUGCUUCCAAGUUGUUGAAGUCAACAUCGCAAGCAGCAUCAACUACGUGUUAUGUUGCUCUAAGCGCGAAAAUGGAAGGGGUGAGUGGGAGAUACUUUGCAGAUUGUAAUGAGAGUCGUUGCUCUGCACUUGCUAAUGAUGAUUCCGAAGCACACAAGCUAUGGAAACAGACUCGAGCACUUAUCUAUAAACGACUAAGAACCGAAAUAAAAUCUUGAAAAUUAUUUUGUAUAAAACUAUAUACAUUUAUCAUUGAGCUCAAUGUAUAUGUGUAGUCGUGUAUAUAUCAUGUGAUUAGUGCUAAAAUGCAUGAAAGGAAUUUUAUGAUAGGCAAGAAAACAUAAAGAC